AAACUAUUUUAAUUACAUAUGUACAGGAGACCCAUAACGAUAUGAGACUCAAAAGGCAGCCAGGCACUAAGGUUUAUAUACUAUCCCGAGCUCAGUAAAGGGAUAGCGGCCUGGAGCUUCAAAAGGUAGGAAGGCAAUUCACAGGAAGCUGAGAAGAGGACAUGGAUCGUAAAUAAUGUUUGCCCUUUCAUGCAGUUGUGUCUCUCAGAUAAACAAAUGAUCUCUAGUAGUAGCUCUGUUCCUGGGACAGGCCCCCUUUCUAAUGUAAAAUUGCCCUUACAAAGGGGAAACUUCUCCUCUGAUUUCAGAGCUUCUUCUAUCUCUGCAGUUUCUCAAAAUAAUCAGCCCAAAAUAUUUAUGCCAAAGAGGCAUAUUUUGGGGUGGCAUAUUUUGCUACCCUUCAAUAACAAAGGUAUGCAUAAUGGACUAUGGGAGCACAGAGGAAUAAAUGAUUAACUAAAACUACUGAGGAAGGAAUAAUUAGUACUCAAGCUCAAGGUCAAAUGAUGAAUAGGAAUUUUGCAAGUUUACCAGGGAGCGUGGUGGGGAUUAGGGGCUAUCAGCGUACAGUAAGGGAAGAGGUGAUGCAAAGACUCGCAAGCAUGGAAGAACAAGGCUUAUUCGGAGACCAACAAGAAUUUGGUAUUUCUACUGCUGUAUUCUAAUCCUACACAAAUGUUUAUUUUAUUGUCGGUUUAUCUUCAAUACAUUCCAUGGUACCUGGCACUUAUUUGGGCACUCAUCAUGUCCUCAAAUAUACUGUUUCAAAAAAUAUUGCUGAUGUUGAUGUCUCUUUUAGUAGUUGCCUGGAUGAUUUUCAUGAUUUCUCAAAACUCCAGAAAGUUUUGGUCUGCUCUAAACCUACCCAUCUCCCUCUAUCAUUGGAACAACUUCACAGUGUCUUCAGAACCUAAAACAACACUGAGCCCGUUAAAGUCACCAACAGAGACUGAGCUGAAAAUAAAGAGAAUCAAGGAGAAACUAGACCAGCUGAUCCCACCCAGACCUUUCACCCAUGUGAACACCACCACCAGUGCAGCGCACAGCAGAGUCACCAUCCUCAACCCUCAAGACACAUACUGCAGGGGUGAUCAACUAGACAUCCUGGUGGAGGUGAGGGACCACCUGGGACGCAGGAAGGAAUAUGGCGGGGAUUUCCUGAGGGCCAGGAUGUCCUCUCCGGCCCUGAAGGCAGGCGCUUCAGGAAAGGUGACAGACUUUAACAAUGGCACCUACCUUGUCAGCUUCACUCUGUUCUGGGAGGGCCAGGUCUCUCUGUCUCUCCUGCUCAUCCACCCCAGUGAAGGGGUGUCAGCUCUCUGGAGGGCAAGGAACCAAGGCUAUGACAGAGUGAUUUUCAAAGGUAAAUUUGUUAAUGGCACCAGCCAAGUCUUCACUGAAUGUGGCCUGACCCCAAUAUCAAGUGCUGAACUGUGCGAGUACCUGGAGACUCGAGACCAAGAAGCCUUCUACUGCGUGAGACCUCAACACAUGCCCUGUGAGGCCCUGACUCACAUGACCACCAAGAAUCGAGAAAUUUCUUAUCUUACUGUCAAGGAAAAAAGCCUUUUUAACAGGUCCAAUGUCGGAGUUGAAAUGAUGAAACAUCUUGAACACAUUCACGUCUCCCAAUGUUACCAGAGAGAAAACAUAAAAGAGAAAUGCCAAAUUGGAAUGAAGGUUCCUGUCCCUGGUGGUUACACUUUCGAAGGAAGGUGGAUUACAACGUUUUGCAACCAGACUCAGUUUAAUACAAUUAAGAUAAAAGACUGUUUGAAAGGAAAACUCAUUUACCUCCUGGGAGACUCUACGCUGCGUCAGUGGAUCUACUACUUACCCAAAGUUGUAAAAACACUAAAAUUUUUUGAUCUUCAUGGAACUGGACUUUUUAAGAAACAUUUGCUCCUGGAUGCAGAAAGACACACUCAAAUUCAAUGGAAAAAACAUAGUUAUCCUUUUGUCACAAUGCAACUCUACUCUGUGAUAGAAGAGGGUUAUAUUCCUCGGGAAAUUGACCGGAUACCAGGUGACAAAAACACAGCCAUCAGCAUCACACUUGGCCAGCACUUCAGACUCUUCCCCAUUGACAUUUUCAUUCGCAGGGCCAUCAAUGUCCGCAAGGCUAUUGAACGACUGUUCCUGAGAAGCCCAGCCACCAAAGUGAUCCUUAAGACAGAAAACAUCAGGGAGAUGCAUUCAAACACAGAAAGCUUUGGAGAUUUCCAUGGUUACAUUCAAUAUCUUACCAUGAAGGACAUUUUCAAAGAUCUCAACGUGGGUGUCAUUGAUGCCUGGGACAUGACUAUUGCAUAUGGCACCAAUAAUGUCCACCCACCUGACCAUGUGAUUGGAAAUCAGAUUAACAUGUUCUUAAACUACAUCUGCUAAAGCACAAACAACAAAAUCUCUGUGGCCCAAUCUCUGCAAAUAACCCUGCUUGUUUUGUCCAAGAAGUUAAUUUAUUUUAGGGACUAAGAAAAUCAAAUUUAAGAUAAUCUGUCUGGGCAGGGAGGAUGCUUAAAAACAAAGACAACUGGCAUAGGAUGCAAAGCCAAAAGAAAAAGACAUGAAGAACGAUUACACCAAGCUUGGAGCUUGUCUAUGUAUGAUAAUAAAUGUUCUUAUUCUUUAAGCAA